AUGUUAGGUCAUGCUGCUGCCGCAACCGGGAGCAAGAUCUGGAUAUUCGGGGGACAGCAGGGCCGUAAAUUCUUGCGGACACUGUACUGCUUCGACACGGAGACAUGUACGUGGACACGACGUGACACGGACUCGAUGCCGCCGGCCCGUGCUGGCCACUCCAUGGUAACCGUCCACGGCAGCGUCAUCUACAUGUUUGGUGGGCAGGGCAAGCGCCUCUACAACGACCUCUACAAAUUAGAUCCGAUAACAGGCAUAUUUACCGAGGUGGAGGCAUCUGGCAAACCCCCAACUCCGCGCCGAGGUCACAGCCUGGUUUGGGAUGGCCGAGAUUACCUCGUCUGCUUUGGCGGUAUCAACCAAUCGUCCACGGACUCGCAGCUAUCGGUGUUCUCGCUCUCCCGAGGUGCGUGGUUCACGCCACAGGCGUUUGGUCCGGCGCCCUCUGCGCGAACGCAGCACACGGCACAGCUGUUGUCUCCCGGUGUCAUCCUCAUCUUUGGGGGGUGUAACAGCUCCGGCACGUUUUUCAACGACGCGAUCGUAUUGGACACGCGCACCUUUACGUGGCACAAGCCCACGCUGCUUAACACCGCGCCUGCGCCACGCUACCAUCACACCUGCUCUGUCGUCAAUGGCCGGAUCAUCAUCUAUGGUGGUAUCAACAGCAAACAGACGUUUGAUGGCGUCGUCGUGCUUGAAACGAAAUUUCUGUCGGACAUAAACAGCGUGGCGGAGGAGCUCUUUCGGAUGUCCGCGGAUGCGACCUCUGCAGCGUCUUUAUUUAACGCGGCCGCGGCAGGCGGCGGUGCCACCACCGCCGCCCUCCCCGCUGGACUGCAAACCAGCACCGCGAACAGUCCUGUGAAUAUGACCGGGUCGACAGGGGCUCGAUUAAGCGCCGGCCCGUCAGUAUUGUCAUCACAGAUGCAGUCAACGGCGCAGCACCAGCACCCGCCGGUGCAGGUUGUGCCUCAGCCAGGGCCAGCGAGUGAGCUGGGCUUCAGUAGCAGCAAGUCCCUGGAGGCUGUUAAAAUCCAGCUGACUGAUCUGUUACUACGGAGAAACCUAGAGGAGCAACAGCUGCAUACCGCGAAGAAGGCUGAGACCACUGAGUCGUUACUAAUAAAGGAGCGGGAGGCACGCGAGGCGGCAGUGAAGGAGCUCCUUCAAUUCAAGCUCCUGUUGGCGGAAGCGGAGUCGGCGCAGGCGUCUGCGCAGCAGGAGCUUCAAGGGGCGCUUGCCAAGGCAACUCGCGAGGCUGCUGCUGCAGCUGAGCUGCGCUCCCAGCUUGAGGCGUUGCAGAGCAAGCUAGCAACACGCGAAGAGGAGCUGCAGGAGGCCCGGCUGCUGCAAGAUGGCCUUGUGAAGGAGCUGGGUAUCAUGGCCUCGCGCUACAGCCGCCUAGCGGUGGACGUCCAAGAGGGCGCGGAGCGCGGGGGGCCCGGCGGCGGCGGGGGUAGCGCCGGUGACCGUGGCGGCGGCAGCAGUGCUGGCGACCGUGUCAGCCAGCAGCACCACGCCGGCAGCAGCUGCACGCGACGGUCCAGUCUCAGCAGCAUGUUGGCGCACGCCACCCACGGCUCGGGCGGCCUGGCAGUGCGUGGCUUGGGCGGCUCGCCUAGCAUCGCCCGCGAGGCAACGGCCGUGUAUCCGGUUUCUAGCCUGCAGAUGGGCACAGCCAGCAGCAGCAUGGUAGCCAGCGCCGGUGGCAGCGUCCUCGCCGGUGGCAACAGCGGCAUUGUGGACGUGCUGCAGGCCAGUGGCUGCUACAGUGUACCUCUUCCGGGUCACAGCACCGCCUCGAUGCUCUCCUCCCGCCAGGUAGCACCCGCGCUCUCAUCCCACUGCACUGCCACGAUACGCACCAGCGCCAGCCAGUCCGCGAUCCCGCAGUCCACCACGCCGACAGCCUGCGGUAAUUGCUGCCAGCAGCUGCUUGCUCUCCUCUCCGAGGCCGAGGUACAUCGCGCCUCGUUACUGGAUUCUAAUCAGGGUCUCAACGAGAAGGUGGAGGAGCUCACGGCGCAGAAUAACAUGCUGUAUGGGCAGCUGCAGCAGAUGCUGGCGGAGGGUGGCGCGUUGGAGCCGCUGUCGGUGGGAGAGCUGGAGGAGCUGGAGCGGAAGCUAGACAGCAGCAGCCGCGCGGUUCGGGCCGCGCUGACACAACGCAAGAUUGAUGAGGCGCAGCGGCGCAGCAGCACGGAACAGGCAGCGUGCGCGGUGUGCAUGGAGGGCCCUAAGGCAGUGGUCUUCAACUGCGGCCACCAAAGCUGCGAGCCGUGCAGCGUCAAGAUGACAACGUGUCCGUUCUGCCGAGUGCAGAUCACGGCGCGGAUCCGACUCUUUGAUGCCUGA